CCCUCGGUGCAGCUAGUCUGCGUGCGUGAGUGGGAGGUGGCAGGCCUCCGGCUCCGGCCUUCGCCGCCGACUGUCCCAGCGCUACGUCUCCGGCCAUGAACCGGUUCGGUACCCGGUUGGUGGGAGCCAUGGCGACCCCGUCGCCGCCAGCCAAAGUCCGCAGCAACGAGAACCUCGACAAAAUUGAUAUGUCUUUGGAUGAUAUCAUCAAAUUGAAUCGAAAGGAAGGAAAGAAGCAGAAUUUCCCAAGACUAAAUAGAAGACUCCAGCAGAAUGGUGCUCGACAAUUCAGAAUGAGAGUACGGUGGGGAAUACAACAGAAUUCUGGUUUUGGUAAGUCCAGCCUGAGCCGAAGAGGAAGAUUAAUGCCUGGAAAGAGACGUCCUUAUGGAGUUAUCACUGGGCUUGCGGCUAGAAAAGCAACUGGACUUCGAAAAGGAAUUAGUCCUAUGAAUCGUCCACCACUAAGUGACAAGAAUAUAGAACGAUAUUUUCCGGUGUUAAAAAGGAAGGCAAACCUUCUGAGACAAAAUGAAAUGCAGAGGAAACCCGUUGCAGUUCUCAAGAGACCUAACCAGUUAAACAGAAAAAGUAACAUUCCAGCUAAUUUUACCAGGAGUGGAAAUAAAUUAAGCCAUCAGAAAGAUACUCGUCAGGCAACUUUCCUUUUCAGAAGAGGCUUGAAGGUUCAGGCCCAGUUGAACACAGAACAGCUGCUAGACGAUGUAGUAGCAAAGAGAACCCGUCAAUGGCGGACUUCUACCACUAAUGGGGGAAUUUUGACUGUAUCUAUUGACAAUCCUGGAGCAGUGCAAUGCCCGGUAACCCAGAAACCACGAUUAACUCGUACUGCUGUACCCUCAUUCUUGACAAAACGAGAACAAUCUGAUGUAAAGAAAGUUCCUAAAGGUGUCCCCCUACAAUUUGACAUAAACAGUGUUGGAAAACAGACAGGGAUGACCUUGAAUGAGCGGUUUGGAAUCCUGAAGGAACAAAGAGCCACCCUCACGUUCAACAAAGGAGGAAGCCGCUUUGUAACUGUGGGAUAGAUCCUGUGUCAAAGGAACUGUGGAGUGAUGACUGUGUUUGAAAAGUUGAAUUGCUUGAAGAGUUCAUUACAGAAGUUUGAGAAACUUUACUUCAGAAAAUUCAGAAGACUAAAUAACUUUUAUUUUUAUUUUUUAGGGUUUUUUUUUUUUAAACAUGUAUAAAAUAAUGCCCAGAAAGAAUAACAGGGAAUAUAUCCAUCUGUUCUUAAAGAUUUCAUGGUUGGCCCAGAAAGAACAAGUCUUUGUUCACUUCUUUGGUUCCUCAUGCAGCAGAAGGAAGACAGAAAGAUCAAAAUUGACUAUUUUUAUGAAAGCGGUAUUUAGGAUCUCAUCACCAUUGCCCAUUUUUUUAGGCUUUCCCAUGGUAAAUCUUAGUCUUCAGAAAUAUAAGUAGGUCCCUUUGUUGCUAUCAUUUACUCUUUAAUAGUGUUGAUGUAGUAAGUACAGUUGUCUCUUCUUCCUUAGGAGGAAAAUAUUUGAAUUCGAUUUUUGAAUUUUAAGAUUUAUAGGAGUAUCUGGAACUUCGUUCAUUGUUCGGGUAGUACUAGGUUAUCCCCAGAAUUUAAAGUCUUCAGUGCUGAACUUUUAAUGAGAAAUGGGACUCUUGGCAUUAGUCUCAGUUUAAAAUAUUGGUGUUUAAAGACUACAGAUGCAUAAUUAGAAAGUUAGCUUCACAGGGCCUUGGAAGAGAGAGUCUGAUGUAAUAUUUUCAUAGUUCAUAUGUAGUAGAUGAAGAAAGAAUGAGAAGUAGCAGCAAGUUGAAAGAUAACUAUGGUGAAAAAUCUCAAAAUCCAGGUAAUAGAUAUACUAUACUGUUGGCUUAGUGUAGUCUUGAGUCUAGUGUCCACAAAUAACUCUUUAAAUAUUAUUUAGGAGAGUUAGAAUUAUUCAGAUGGACUGAGUCCCCUAUAUAUUUGAUUAUAAAGUUAGCCACAAAGUCCUAGACUUUUAUUUGAGAAAUUAAAAUUUGAAAGCUUUUAAGCUUGCUAAAUUAAUUAAUUUACAAUUCAAAAAAUGUGUCACAAAGAAAAAAUGCAACACUAUAGUUACAUUGUAACCACUGAUUUCAUUCUGACUUCUUAUAUAAAGUUCAAGCAUUUGUGGGGAGGAAAGUUUUAUUCCAGCUUCUGGAGGGGUGGAAGGAGUUAGUCUGUUGUGCCAAGAUAGUGCUAAGAGUCUCUGGAUAGUUAUAUACUCUGAAUUAAAAUGCCAAAAGGCAGCAAAAUAUUCCGGCAAAAAGUUACAACUUUGGUCAUUUGAAACUUGACCUUUUGGUUUGGUGUAAUGUUAAACCUCUAAGGAGGUGUUAGUUUCUCUGGAGUAUAUAAUUAGUGUUGACUUUUCCUAUAAAGCAAAACAGUUAUGGCUUAGACUUCAUUGUUGUCUCAUACUUCUUGUGUUACUUAUUGGUUUAUGCUAGCCAUGGAAAACUAACAGUUUCAUGCUUAUACCAAAGAAUUAAAUCUGAUCCUUAA